AUACUGUGAAACUUUUGAGGGUGUCGUUCAUGGUUAAUAGACUUUUCUCCUGAUUCUUGUUCUUCCUUUAUGUUCUUUGGUGCAUAUGUAAGAGGCAGACGACGCUCAACAUGGCGGCAUGCAGGGUGCUACGUUUGCUGGCCACGCCGGGGUUGUCACUGAGUGUGCCUGCACUGCAUGGCCACACCAGGAGCCUUGUGCAGCGGGCCAGACUCCUGCCUGCCACCGUUCAGGUCCGCAACUAUGCAGAGAAGAAAGUGUUCCAGCGAGAUAAGCCUCACUGCAACAUUGGUACAAUUGGGCAUGUUGACCAUGGCAAAACAACUCUUACUGCUGCUAUUACAAAAGUUCUUUCUGAGAAAGAAUUAGCGCUUGCCAAGAGGUAUGAUGAGAUCGACAAUGCUCCGCAAGAGAAGGCACGAGGCAUUACCAUUAAUGUGGCUCACAUUGAGUACAGCACAGAGAACAGACACUAUGGCCACACGGACUGCCCUGGACACGCUGAUUACAUCAAGAACAUGAUAAUUGGCACGUCUCAAAUGGAUGGAGCGAUUCUUGUUGUGGCUGCCACUGAUGGUGUGAUGCCUCAGACUAGGGAGCACCUUCUUCUGGCAAAGCAGAUUGGCAUUGAGAACAUUGUUGUGUUUGUAAAUAAGGUUGAUGCUGCUGAUGAGGAAAUGGUUGAACUUGUUGAAAUGGAGGUUCGAGAGUUGCUGACAGAAAUGGGUUAUGAUGGUGACAAUGUUCCUUUGAUCAAGGGCUCUGCUUUGUGUGCAGUUGAAGAAAAAGAUCCUGAAUUAGGAAAGAAUGCUAUUGAAGCACUAAUGGCGGAAGUUGACAAACACAUUCCAACUCCUCAGCGAGAGUUGGAGAAGCCUUUCAUGCUGCCUGUUGAGAGUGUGUACUCCAUAGCAGGUCGUGGGACUGUGGUUGGUGGUCGGCUGGAAAGAGGAGUCAUAAAGAAGGGGAUGGAGUGUGAGUUCCUUGGGUUUGGAAAGAAGUUCAAGAGCACAGUAACAGGUGUUGAAAUGUUCCACCAAACUUUAGAGGAGGCACAAGCUGGGGACCAGAUGGCUGCCCUGGUGCGGGGCCUCAAGCGUGAUGACGUCAUCAAGGGCAUGAUCAUGUGCAAACCUGGAACUAUGAAAGCUCACGACCAUGUGGAGGGACAAGUUUAUGUGCUGACGAAGGAGGAGGGAGGGAGGAGCAAACCCUUCACCUCCUACCUGAACAUGCAGGUGUACAGCAAGACUUGGCGGGCUAGUGCUCAGAUUAUCAUCCCUGAAAAGGAGAUGGUGAUGCCUGGGGAAGAUGCCAGGCUGGUGAUACGCAUGUUCAAGCCCAUGGUGCUGGAAAAAGGCCAGCGCUUCACCCUGCGAGAGGGAUCUGUCACCAUUGGCACCGGAGUCUUUACUACCAUCAACAAACCACUGAAUGAGGAAGAAAAGACCAUGCUGUUGGAAGGGAAGAAGUACAGAGAGAAGAAACUGAAAGCUGCAGGCAAAUAAGUGAUCAACAGUUUCAUUGUUGCAGGAUUUUACACAUUACUUGUUGCUGUGCCAGAGAAGGACUCCUCUCAUUUGGCUUGUUGUCUUUGUUUUCAAUUAUGGGAAUUUCUUAGCAUUGUGUUUGUGGCACUGGGCAACUAAUACAACUAUUCAGAUGCUUUCUUGGAAGUUGAACUUGUACAUACAUUUUGACUUCAGUUUCUGCAAGACCAUUGGUGUUUGAGUAUGCUAAGAGCCUUCACUUUUGUUCCUUCUUCAUCACUGAAAUGUUUCACUCCCUGAUCAUCAGUUUCCUUCAUUCACAUUGCAGUUCAUCUCAUUUUGUCAGUUGAUAUUUUGUAAUUCAUCAGACUGGUAUUCUUAAUUCUGCUGAUGAAAUAUUGUGUUUGUAGUUCUCAAUUAUCUCAUUAAUCAUCAAUAAGUGUAGUUUUUCUUAUUUAAUAUACAUAAUGGAACUCCAGGUACUAAGUAACUAAACUACCUGAAAAUAAUGGAAAAUAGAGUUCUACAGGAAUAGUGUUUGCUUCUUGAGGAGAGUGAUGGAUAUUAUCUUGUGCCUGACAGGAAAAGUGGACACUGCCUGAUGAAAUGAUUAAAGAACAGCAUCUGCUUCAAAUAAAAGCAGUAAGUUAAUAAUCAUGACUUUCACAGAGUUUGUAAGUCAGCUCAUCCAAGCUCAUCCAUACACUUGACAGAUCUUUUCACUUACAUGAUGUAAGAAUAUUUUUGGCAAACAUAUUCAUGUAAGUGGCUGUUUUUAGAGUAGUGAAGCACAGCCAGCUGAGUCUUGUAUUGGUCAUAGGAAAUGUUAGAAUGAGAAGAUUGAUGGCCACUUCAUUUAAGUUUGUUUAUCUCAUGAAUUUUUGUAUCAGAUCUUAGUAUUUCAUCCUUGUAUGUUGAUAUGAUAGAGGAGUUCCGCUUGGUAAUUCAGAACAUAAGGCAUUAUGUCAGAUUGUAAAAAGAAAUCUCAUCACACUGUGUCACAUAUAGUGGCAGAAAAAAAAUAGAAUGGUGUAGUUAUUUUCAGAAGUACUUGUAAAAUCCUGACAUGUUCUGUUGAAUCCUCUUGUAAUGUUAUUUUUUUUAUAAAAAUUAAAAUCAGUUGUUUGUAAUAAUUCUGUAAAUAAAAUAAUUAUGUUA